AAUUUCGAAAACUUAUCAUAAUUUUAAUAUAAUAAAUUUCUUAUAUAUAUUAUUAGUAUUAAGAUUACUAAACGUUAUAUUUUUGGAAAAAAGAUGUACAAUGAAUAAGUUGUAUAAAAAUUACUUUUUUCUUAUUCACUUUAAAAAUUUUUCUAUCAUUUGCAUUUGCGCAUCCUCCUAUCCUAUCAGUAUUAUGGCGUCCUUUACUGUGGUCGGUUGUUCCUUCUAAUCUCUGCAAAUUAAAUGGAAGAAAAACUUGCUGUUAAAGAUUCUAGUUUAAUUCUUUGAUUGCCAUCAGAAAAUUAAAUAACGGUAAAAUGGAUUCUGCUGAUAAAGAUUUAAAAAAAUCAUUUGACAUAGAGCAGAUGGCUUUAAUCGGCAAGAUGCAUAAUAUGCAGUGGCUAAAAAGUAAUUCUCAAUUAUCAGGCCAUAUAAAAACACCUCCAGAUGGAAAAGAAACAGAAAAUAAUACAUCUAAAAGUGAAAUAAAUGAAGGAACAAAAGAAGAAACUGAAGUUGUUUCAACUAACACUCAUUCAAACAAUCCUGAAUUAGAUAAGAUUGAUCCUAUUUUAAAUAAAGACAUAAAUGAAAACGAUAAUAGUAUAAAUAAAGAUAUACAUCAAUCAUCUUCUGAAAUUUUUGAUUGUUCUCAAAAAGAUAUGGAAACUGUUUGGAAUAAAGAUGUUAAUAUAACUAGUACAUUGUUUCCAAAUUCUCAGUCUUUAGUAAUGGAAAGACUAGAUAAACAAGAGAUGAUUAGUAUGUCUUUGACAGAGAAUAUUGUUACAGUUCAAUUAGAACAAUUUAGACUUAACGAAGGGGAAAAAAAUAAAUCUGGGGAAUUGCAUAAUGAAAUAGAUAAUGAAUGGAAUAAUGGUCAGCAUAAUAUACCUAACUUACCAAAGUCAGACAGUAAUGUAGAUAAUCAAGUUAGCUCAAAGCAGUGUCAUGAUAACAAUAAUAAUAAUGAAAGAUCUAAAAGCCAAUCGCCAUUGGAAACAAAAACAAGUAUACAAAAAACAACAAAGACUAGUGUUAAAAAAUUGAAUGAUCAAAAAAUUAAAAAACAGACAGGUAAUACUUUAAAAGAAUCUUGGACUUCUUCAAAACAGGGUUCUAAAUCUAAAGAUGAUUUGUUGAAUAUAUGUAAUGAUCAUAAUAUUACUUCAACUUCUCUGGACUCAAAAAAAGUAGCUCUAGGUACAACUCCUAAACUUAUUGAUAAAUAUAGUAAAAUUAACAGUUAUAAUAAAAAUUUAAUUAUGAGUAAAGGGGCUCGAAUGAAAGAACAACAAUUUUUUAAACAAAAUUUUUCUACAUUUAAUGAUAACGUUAAUAGAAGCAAGUCCUCCAUAGAAGGAUUAGAUGAAAAAAAUAAAUCUGUUACAACAAAAUUAAAAUCAAGUAGAAAUGAACCAGAUAAGAAAACUAAUGAAACAGAUGAUACAAGAAGAUGUCAUAAAGUUCAAGUAACACGUACUCAAUCAUACAAUGUCCAGUAUAAUAGAAAUAAAUCUUUAAUAAAAUCGCAACAACGAUAUUCAAAAAAUACAACUAAACCAGAAGAAAAUGGAUGUAUUGAUAAUUCAUCUAAUGUUAACAAUAUCAAUAUAUCUAAUUCAGCUGAAAAUAUAUCAAGAAAGAAAUAUGAAAAUCAACAAUCCUUAUUAAAUAAGCAAAUUAGUAAUACUCAAUUCAAUCAAAAUACUUCAGGAAAAAAUGUAAAGAAUCCAAAUGUUAUGGAAUGCAAUAUAAAUGAAAGAAGUUCAGUAAAGUCAAGUUCUGCAUCAAGCAAACGAAAUUACCAAAAUUUUUCUAAUACAAAGAAUAAUACUGAAAGAAAUAAUAAAGAUGACCAAGGAUAUACACAGAAAUUUAAGAAAGAUACUAACGUUUAUAGACGAUCUUCAGGUAUUCUUCAGUCAUGCUUUAAAGAUUUAAAUGGAAAAACAAAAACAGAUGAUCAUAAAAAGAGUAUUGAUAAUAGUAAUUUAACAAAAGAUUAUAGAAUAAAUCGUAUUGGUUCAGGAGAGAAAAUGCAUUCUCAAUUUGAAAGCUCAAAAAUAUCUGUAUAUUCACAUAAUACAAAUAACGGUGCUAGUAAUAUAAAGACUGAUGCAUUAGAUUCAACUGCUGUAAAUAAUGUACAGUCUAUAAAAUCAUUAAAUUCUUUUUCGAAUAGUACCAAAGAUUGUACAACUAUACAUACAUCUAUUCAUACACCGCAAGAAUUACAGAUUUCGCAAGCUUCUUGUAAUGAAACUGAAGUACAAUUUGUGAAGACUGAACAAAAACAUACUAGUAAUAAUAAUAGCAAUAAUAAAACAAAUAAUUCUGAAACGAAAUCAGUUAAGUUUUUGGAUAAUAUUCAGGAAUUUAAUAUGGCACAUCAUUCUGCAAUAUCAUAUUCUGAUAAUUCCAUACAUCAAAAUAAGCUUUCAACAAAUUCAUUUUAUUCUGAUUUACAAACUGCAUCACAUACAAAUAAUGCUCAACAAAUUGAAAAUCAUCAAAAUAUACAAAAUAAGAGUUAUUUCGAUAAUAAUAAUGCUCAAUAUAAUAAUUCUAGCCCCAAUACUCAAAAUUCUGAACGAGAUUUACAUCUGAUGGAUUUAGUGCAUCAAAAAUCAGAACAAACUUCCCAUGUGUCACCACAAAAUAUAUUACCGCACAAUAAUUCCAAUCCAGCUAUUGCUAUGGCAAAUGGUAUACCUUAUCAAAAUAUGCCUAGUGUCUAUAUAAAUCAAUACAAUAAUACGCAAACUAUACCAAGGAAAACAGCUGAUAGUACAAUUAUCUCUCAAAACGCAUUAAUUCCAAGCACUUCUUCUUACACCGUAGAAAACCAGAAUAUCUUGCAAACUGAUCCUUCUAAUAUUUUGAUGCAUAAUACUCAAACAUCAGUUCUACCACCACCAGGUUUUCAUAAUCAUCCUAUAACUACACAACAUAAUCAAUGGAAUUUGCCGCUUCCGGAUAUGUUUCUUUUUGGAAAUAUGAUGAAUCCUGGACAUUCUGUGAAUAUCCCUAUUCAAAAUUCCAGACAUAUGUGUAACGCGGAUUUCGGUAAUAUGCAACAAACAAGUUACUUACAACAUCCGUUAUUUUACGUUCCACCAAUGUGCAUGCAAAGUUGGAAUCCAUUAUUGCAAUAUCCGGCACCUUUAUUCCAAAAUCCUCCGUACAGUAAUUGCAAUACAUUUCCCAAUCAAGUAUUAUCAGCAAAUAACUUGACGGACUCUGUUAAUUGUCCCGUAUCGACGUCUAUGCAAAACAACUUGUACAAACAUUUUCAACAGAUGCAACCUUUGGAAAAUACUCCAAAUUUUUCUGUCCCUGUAAAACUUGAUAAUUAUAUGGGAAAUAUGCAAAAUUGUAAAACGAAUAACAUCAGGAUGAAAGAUAAUACUAUGGACGUUCAUAUGAGAACUAGUCAAUAUCGAACAUCUGUGCCAAAUGAAUAUCAAAAUUGUUCUCAAGAUAAUCAAUUAAUGGUACCAUUUUCGUAUGCGAUCACGAUGGAUCCCGUUACGAGGAAUGGUUCAUCAAAUAUGCAUAUGCAAAUGAAUCAGAAAUAUGCACCACGUCCUCUUGCUACUGGUUAUCAAAGAAUUCCAGAAACUUGUCCUGCAUUUAAUAAUAAUCAGGAUAAUAGGAAAGAUGACGUAUCGAAAAACGAUUCAGAAUGUGUACCACCUAUGGUAUCACCAAGAGAAUGUAUGUACUACGGAGUUAAUUACCCACGGAAGAGUGAUACUAUUCAGAAUUCAUCCAUACGAUCGGAUAUAAAACCUGUAACUUACAACGUGCAUACUGUUAAUACCCAACAUUAUGUCCCUCAUUUUCAAAAGAAUACAGCUUAUCAUGUGUCUCCAAAAGAACUUUCAUCCAGGAUAAAUAUCGGACGUGGUAUGCGUAAAACGAUGGAUCAGUAA